UCUAAUUUGCAGUCAGCUAAAGUGUGACGGCCCGGGGCAAAAACCUAAAUAAUCCAGCAACUUCCAAUCAUCAGCCAUGCUUUCACCUACAAAGAUUAUCGGGAUUGGGGGGCAACUGGCCGGCAGGGCCCUGGCAGGUCUCGGCGCAGUCGCUGGCGCGCGGGGAGCAAACUUCCCAUCAUGCAGUUUCAGUUCUUCUGCUGGCGAUGCCACACCAAAACAGCUUGGCUACACAAUGCCAGGCGAGUUUGAGCCGCACGUGGGCUGUUGGAUGGGUUGGCCCUACAGCCCUUACCUAUGGCGCGAUGGCGCCAAGCCCGCACAGCAGCAGUACGCAGCCAUCGCCAAGGCCAUCUCGCAGUUCGAGCCAGUAUGGAUGUUCACAGAUCCAUCGAGCAUCGAGUCCGCCCGCAACUAUUUCCGGGGGGUAUCGGGUGUGACAGUGGUGGAGAUGCCUCUGGAGGAUGGGUGGCUGCGCGAUUGGGGACCCACCUGUAUUGUUAAAGAUGAUCCCGCCACCAGCAAGCGAGAGGUGGCGGGAGUGCACUGGGACUACGACUGCUACGGAGCGCCCGGCAAAAAGAAGAUGGGGCUGCCUGCGAUGAUGCCGGACUGGAAGAAGGACCAUGCAGCUGGUCGUGCUGUUCUGGACUGGGCGGGUCUCCGGGCCUUCGAGUGCCCUCUGCACCUGGAGGGGGGAUCCAUCCACUCAGAUGGCCAGGGGACGCUGGUCGUGACUGAGGAGUGUCUCCUGCACCCCUCGCGGAACCCGCACCUGGGCAAGGAAGGCAUCGAGAACAUGCUGAAGGAGUUCUUGGGCCUGGAAAAGAUCAUCUGGCUGUGGAAGGGCAUGAUGGGAGAUGACCAGGUGGUCAACGGUCACGUCGACAACAUGGCCACCUUCACGGAGCCGGGGACCAUCCUGCUGUCCUGGUGCGAUGACCCAAACGACCCGCAGCACGAGGUGUCGGCGCGUAACCUGGAGAUCCUGGAGAACACCCCGGAUGCUCUGGGCCGCAAACUCAAUGUGAUCAAGCUGCCCGCCCCCACGCCGGCCAUGUUCCGGACAUUUAAGGAAGCCGACGGAGUGCACCCCGACCACAUCAAGCUGGGCUACGUGCCCCGCGUUCCUGGAGAGCGUCUGGCUGCAUCCUACAUCAACCACUACAUCGCCAACGGGGGCAUUGUGUGUCCGCAGUUCGGUGGCGCGCAGAGCAAGUCGGACGAGCUCGCGCUGGAGGUCCUGUCCAAGGCGUACCCCGGUCGCACGGUGGUGGGUGUCUACAGCCGCGAUGUGCUGCUCAACGCCGGCAACGUGCACUGCAUCACUCAGCAACACGUGGCCCCCCGGCCUUAAGAUAGGCUCCCGGGAGAACCCGUCCCCGACCUCCCCGUCUUCUACGCCGACCCAAGCCAAGAGGCGUUUGAAAGCACCAACGGUGUCAGCGGUGAUUCGCGUCGGCCCAGGGGGAUAGCCCAACAAGCAACCUGCCAACUGAACUCGGGGCUAUGUGGGUAUGAAGGCACCCGCGCCAACACGCGGUGCUCCCAGGGGGACAAGGGGGGUGAGCGCCGGCCGGGUUUCCAUACUAGUCCCACCUUUUGGGGGGGGUCGGGACUAGCGGCUCAGAGGCCGCAGGUCGGGCUGGGCGCGGCAGGGCGUGUAUGACGGAGUCUUGUGCUCAUUCGGCUUGUUGGUACAUACGUCGAGUUGGGCGGACUUGACGGACAUACAUACUGACGACGAACGUGUGCAGUGUGUACACAAGACUUUCGUGAGUAGGUCCCUAGGUUCCCUGGGGAUUGGUUUUUUGCCGGUUGAUCACUGCCGUGACCGCUGCAUGUAUGUCGGGUCAUGUUACCGACAUACGGACAGACAAACAGACAGAUGGAGAGGCAGAGAGAUACACCGAGAGGGACGGGACUUGUCGGUUGCUGUGGGGAACACUGUUUGCUGGCGCAGUGGAUUUGUUGGUCGGCGCCGGGAUGUCAAGCGCUGCGCUCUUCCAGCCUACCUACGUUGUAGCAAACUAUCAGCUUAUAGUAAAUAGCAUUACGGGAUAAUAGCAGUAUGUACGGAUCCGUACGCCCAUAUUCUUGUCGCUUUCCUAUGUACCCUUGGGACACCGGCCUUGGCUGGCUGUGUGUACGGGUAGUGCCGGUACCUGUUUGUGGCCAACUCUCCCUCUUGCAGCGCAAGACGAUCCCUGACUUUGCGACCGAUGUGCGUGAGAGCUCUGUGUCUACAACGAGUACGUGUGCGCGAUUCUUUCCUGCUGUAGACUGCCGUUUUAUUUUGUUGUACGAUAUACGACUAUAAAUAUGCCAUGAAAUAAGGCUUGAUUGGAUGGAAUGGACGAAGGAUGGUGACCACCCACAAGAAAUUUGAAAAUCUUAGUAAAAAUGUUCUUCC